AUGGUUGCUCAAAUUGAAGACCUGAUAAGUAGCACGCAAGAGAACUGGCCGACACUAGCCUGUCCAAGAAAUAACGGGACAAGAUUCUGGUCACAUGAAUGGGAAAAACACGCUCUGACCAUUAGGGAGAAGGUGAAUCUGCUUUCAGUUCUUAAGAACACAGGAAUUGAACCAGGAGGUUUUUACAGCUUGGAAGCCGUGAAGGAAGCUAUAAAAAAUGGAACCGGACACGAAGCAGCAAUACAAUGUAAUAAGGAAGCACAUGGUAACAACCAACUGUACCAGGUUUAUCUUUGUGUUGAUAAAUAUGGUACAGACCUCAUCGAUUGUCCAAUACUCCCCAAAAGGAAAUGCAAUGAAACUAUUGAGUUCGCCACCUUUGGUACAGAAGCCUUCGUCGAGGAAGGAUCUUCCUUCACUCUUUCUCUAGAGAGUGACCAAUCUUCAACCCAAAGGGCGGAGCUAGGAAUUUUGUCAAGGGUGUUCGAAUUCAUAUAA